UGCCGCCGAGCGUGGUGACGUAAGCGUGCGUGCACCGCCCGGCCGCUGGUGGGGAAGGAAGAUGGCGGUCGGCCGUGGUGGGGGUUCGUGAGGUGGCGGCGCGGUGGCGGCUUCCGGGGCCCGGAGGGACGAGGCGACUGGCGAGGCGGCAGGGCGCGGAGCUGGGGUGCGAGAGAGCGGCUGGGCGACUUCCAGAAACAAGACAGCCAUGGCCACAGAAAUUGGCUCUCCGCCCCGAUUUUUCCACAUGCCGAGGUUCCAGCAUCAGGCACCUCGGCAGUUGUUCUACAAAAGACCUGAUUUUGCACAGCAGCAAGCAAUGCAACAGCUUACUUUUGAUGGAAAGCGGAUGAGAAAAGCUGUGAACCGGAAGACCAUAGACUACAAUCCCUCUGUAAUUAAAUAUUUGGAGAAUAGAGUAUGGCAGAGAGACCAGCGAGAUAUGCGAGCAAUACAGCCUGAUGCAGGGUAUUAUAAUGAUUUGGUCCCUCCUAUAGGAAUGCUGAACAACCCUAUGAAUGCUGUAACAACAAAAUUUGUUCGGACAUCUACUAAUAAAGUAAAAUGCCCAGUGUUUGUUGUUAGGUGGACUCCUGAGGGGAGACGUUUGGUCACUGGUGCAUCUAGUGGAGAGUUCACUUUAUGGAAUGGACUGACUUUCAAUUUUGAAACGAUAUUGCAGGCUCAUGACAGCCCUGUAAGGGCUAUGACUUGGUCACACAAUGAUAUGUGGAUGCUGACAGCAGACCACGGGGGAUAUGUGAAAUACUGGCAGUCCAACAUGAACAACGUCAAGAUGUUCCAGGCACAUAAGGAGGCGAUUAGAGAGGCCAGUUUCUCACCCACGGAUAAUAAAUUUGCUACAUGCUCUGACGACGGCACUGUUAGAAUCUGGGACUUUCUACGUUGCCAUGAGGAGAGAAUUCUUCGAGGACAUGGAGCAGAUGUGAAAUGUGUUGACUGGCAUCCUACAAAGGGAUUAGUUGUAUCAGGAAGUAAAGAUAGCCAACAGCCCAUUAAGUUCUGGGAUCCAAAGACUGGCCAGAGCCUUGCCACACUGCAUGCUCAUAAAAACACAGUGAUGGAGGUGAAACUGAAUCUGAAUGGCAACUGGCUGCUAACAGCUUCUCGUGAUCAUCUCUGUAAGCUCUUUGAUAUUCGUAAUCUGAAAGAAGAACUUCAGGUCUUCAGAGGUCAUAAAAAGGAGGCCACAGCUGUGGCCUGGCAUCCUGUUCAUGAGGGGCUGUUUGCCAGUGGAGGAUCUGAUGGUUCUUUGUUAUUCUGGCAUGUUGGGGUUGAGAAGGAGGUUGGUGGAAUGGAAAUGGCCCAUGAGGGAAUGAUCUGGAGUCUGGCGUGGCAUCCCCUUGGACACAUUCUUUGUUCAGGCUCAAAUGAUCACACGAGCAAGUUCUGGACUAGAAAUCGGCCUGGAGAUAAGAUGCGAGAUCGUUACAACUUGAAUUUGCUGCCUGGGAUGUCGGAAGAUGGCGUGGAAUAUGCUCCAGGAGAUGAUCUAGAACCCAACAGCCUAGCAGUUAUUCCUGGGAUGGGAAUACCUGAACAAUUGAAAAUAGCCAUGGAGCAAGAGCAGAUGGGGAAAGAUGAUUCCAAUGACAUUGAAAUGACAAUCCCAGGACUGGACUGGGGAAUGGAGGAGGUAAUGCAAAAGGACCAAAAGAAGGUGCCACAGAAAAAAGUGCCCUAUGCAAAACCAAUACCAGCACAGUUUCAGCAGGCAUGGAUGCAGAAUAAAGUUCCUCUGCCUCCCCCACCUGAGCCAUUGAAUGAUAGAAAGGAAGAUAUUAAGCUGGAGGAGAAAAAGAAGACACAGGCAGAGAUUGAACAGGAAAUGGCAGCACUUCAGUACACAAACCCGCAACUCUUGGAGCAAUUGAAGAUUGAGAGACUUGCACAGAAGCAAGCUGAACAAGUGCAGCCACCACCUCCAGGAGGCUCUCUUCACGGACCCCAGCCUUUUCCAGGCCAAGGCCCAAUGUCACAGAUGCCUCAAGGAUUUCAGCAGCCUCUUCCUCAGCAGAUGCAAAUGAAUAUGCCUCAGAUGGGACCUCCUGGUCCACAAGGACAGUUCAGACCUCCGGGACCCCAAGGGCAAAUGGGACCUCAGGGUCCUCCAUUACACCAAGGAGCUGGAGGUCCACAAGGGUUCAUGGGACCACAGGGACCUCAGGGGCCUCCACAAGGAAUGCCACGGCCUCAGGAUUUACAUGGACAUCAAGGAAUGCAGAGACAUCCAGGUCCUCAUGGGCCAAUGGGACCUCCAGGCCCACAGGGCAGUGCUGGCCCACAAGGCCACUUGGGACCACAGGGUCUGCCUGGGUCUCAGACUCAUUUAGGACCACAGGGUCCACCUGGCCCACAAGGUCACUUGGGUCCUCAAGGUCCUCCCGGUGGUCAAGGAAUGCAAGGGCCACCUGGUCCCCGUGGAAUGCAAGGACCUCUUCCUCAUGGCAUGCAAGGAGCUCCAGGAUCUCAAGGGAUGCAAGGCCCUAUAUCUCAAGGGCCUUUGAUGGGACUUAAUCCAAGAGGGAUGCAGGGUCCACCAGGACCCAGAGAUAACCAGGGACCUACUCCACAAGGGAUGAUGAUGGGUCAUCCGCAAGAAAUGAGAGGUCCUCAUAUGCAAAGUGGUUUACUAGGACAUGGUCCCCAGGAGAUGAGAGGUCUCCAGGGGCCCCCACCUCAAGGUACAAUGUUAGGACCACCGCAAGAAUUGCGUGGGCCACAAGGCCAGCAGGGACCUCCACAAGGCUCUUUAGUAGGGCCUCAAGGAAACAUCCAAGGACCUCAGGGACAACCAAACCCUUCAAGGGGGCCGCACCCUUCCCAGGGGCCUCUGCCUUUCCAGCAGCAGAAAACACCUCUGUUGGGUGAUGGGCCUCGUCCCCCAUUUAAUCAGGAUGGACAGAACCCAGGUCCUCCACCACUGAUACCAGGACUGGGGCAGCAGGGAGGACAAGGUCGCCUUGGCCCUCACAACCAAGGACCAGGUCUUAAUAAAGGUGACUCCCGUGGUCCACCAAACCAUCACAUGGGCCCUCUCUCAGAUAGAAGGCACGACCAGAACAGUGGUGGUCCUGACCAUGGGCCUGAGAGAGGGUUGUUUCGAGGUGGCCAGGAGUGGGGUGAUGGUAGAGACAGCAGGGGCAUGCCAGAUAGACGAGGACCUCACCCAGAUUUCCAUGAUGACUUUGAUCGACCAGAUGACUUCCGUGACGACUUCCAUCCAGAUAAGAGAUUUGGCCAUCGAUUACGGGAAUUUGAGGGGAGAGGAGGCCCACCGUUGCAAGAUGAGAAAUGGAGACGAGGUGGACCUGGGCCUCCCUUUCCUCCUGAUCACAGGGAAUUUGAAGGAGGGGGUUCUAACCGUGGGCCUCCUGGUGCUUGGGAAGGACGCAGACCUUCAGAUGAUAGAUAUCCACGGGAUCCUGAGGAUGCACGCUUCCGAGGAAGACGAGAUGAGAGCUUCAGAAGAGGAGGACCCUCAAGACAUGAGGGCCGGGGACCCAGGGGGAGAGAUGGCUUUCCUGGACCUGAAGAUUUUGGGCCAGAUGAUGCUUUUGACUCUCCAGAUGAAAACUCAAGAGGAAGGGACCAUGGUGUUCGGGGGCGAGGUCGUGGUGCUGUGAGAGGAGGCCGGAAGGGUUUACUUCCCACUCCAGAUGAAUUUCCACGCUUUGAAGGAGGGCGGAAACCAGAAUCCUGGGAUGGAAACAGAGAACCAGGUCCUCGUCCUGAUCACCCUUCUCAUGACAGGCAUUCUCCAGCUAACAGAGAACGUGCUUCUUCACUCCAGGGCAUGGACAUGGCCUCACUACCACCACGUAAACGUCCCUGGAACGAUGGACCAGGGACCUCUGACCACAGAGAAAUGGAUGCUCCAGGUGGACCUCCAGAAGAGAGGGCCAAAGGUAAAAAGCCCCUUCUAUUGAAAAUCUCAUCUAACACCGGCACAUUUUUCAACAGUAGGCUUAUCCAGAAUUCCUUAUCUGUUCAGAGGCAAUAAAGCUGAACUGGUAAAUAUCUGAUCUUGCCAGCUGUGAGGCUGAACACCAGUCUCAUAGGAACACAAGAACGGAGGGGUUUUCUGGAACAUCACAUCCAAAUCUUUACUCUACCUUCAUGUAAUCCUCUCCUUCAUUGCCCUGAUCAAAACCAGUUAUGUUUUGGCUCCCUGUUACUCCAGCUAGAAAACUGUUACCAGCUUUUUUCCCCUCUGAUUUUCAGUAUAGUUACUUGUUAUUCAAGCUUGUGCUAGCACCCUUUAUCUGAAAUAUCCUUCCUGUCUCAGCUUUCACUCUGUUGGACCCAAAUGUUUUAACUCUUUGCUCUUGAGCAACCUGGUCUAGUGGAAGGUCAGGGACGUUGCAAUUAAAUGAUCUUUAAGGUCCCUUCCAACCCAUAUCAGCCUGUGAGUUGUCUACUUGUAAGAGUGCAAGCAUAGCCAUCCAUGACCAGACUAGAAGUCCAUCAAGUUCAGUAGCUUUUCUUUAACACUAGCCAGUAGCAGGUACAGAGGGAAGUGUUACUCUGUUCUUAACAGUCUAAGUCUGUAGUGGUAUGUCCUGAAAUGCUUUCUCAACCUUGAAGAUCUGUAGUUCAGUGACUGGCUACUAUAUUUUUAUAUCUAAUGGCUUUUGACUUACCUUUUGUGUGCUUCUCUAACUGCUUUAAGAAUCAUACAAACUUCUGGCAUCUGCAAGAUCUGCGGAGAGCUCUAAAACUUAAUUGCAGUAGACUAUGCUUAAAAAAAGAGGAAGGAAAAUGUUUUCCUAUUGCUUUAAGCCGUUUGCUCACUAAUUUCAUUCAAUGAUGUCUUGUGUUUUAACUGGAACAGCUGGAAGAUGAUGCCUCUUAUUUCUGAAUGCCAUCUCUGAUUGCAUCAAAGUGCGAUUUCCAACCUGAACUAGCUCUUCUCCAAGUCACAGCUCUGAUCCGUAUCAUUUACUCCCCUUAUUACUCUGUAUAUCUUAUUUUCAUUUUUAAUUUAUCCUUUUGUAAAUUAAACAGGGUAACUAGCAGUUGCACACACUAUUUAAGAUAUGGUUUAUCAUCUGUUUCUGUAGUCCACUUGGUUUUGUUCUCCUUUGCUUCCUAAUAGCUUCUGAUGUCCUAUUUAUUUCCCUUUUUAACUACUGAACAGUCACACGGCACCCU